GUAUUAGAGAAGCAAAUGGUAGAGAUCCAGGUCCUUCUCUUCAGUGUGGAGAAAACAGAUCAGAAUCUGCAAGGACUGCCCAGAAAGCAGCUGUGCAAGAUGACAUUUGAAGAUUUUGAGAACUACUCUUAUUUCUAUGACCUGUCUGAGGAAGAUGAAUCACCUCAGUCCUCCCUCAGCAUUGCCCAUAUGAUUUCCCUUUCCUUUUACAGUGUGGCAUUUCUGCUGGGAGUGCCAGGUAAUGCCAUCGUCAUCUGGUUUAUGGGCUUUAAGUGGGAUAAAUCUGUUUCUACACUCUGGUUCCUCAAUCUGGCCAUUGCAGAUUUCAUUUUUGUUCUCUUCCUGCCUCUCUACAUUACAUACGUGGCAAUGGGCUUCCACUGGCCUUUUGGGAAGUGGCUGUGCAAAAUGAACUCAUUCAUCGCACUACUUAAUAUGUUUGCCAGUGUUUUCUUCCUGACGUUCAUCAGCCUUGACCGCUACAUCCGCCUAGUCCACCCAGUCUUUUCCUACAAGUAUCGGACUGUAAGGAACACCCUGAUUCUCAGUGGGAUCAUUUGGAUGUCAGCUGCAGUUAUCGGUGGCCCUGCCUUGUACUUUAGAGACACAGCUACAGUUCUCAACAAUGUCACCAUUUGCUACAACAACUUCCAUGUGCAUGACAGAGAACUUAUUUUGCUGACACAUCACAUUCUCAUUUGGGUGAGGCUUGCAUUUGGUUACCUCUUUCCUCUAGUGACCAUGGUCAUUUGCUACUCACUGCUGAUUGUCAAAGUGAAGAGGAGAACUGUACUGACUUCCAGCAGGCUUUUCUGGACCAUCAUUGCUGUAGUUGUAGCUUUUUUUGUUUGCUGGACACCAUAUCACAUAUUCAGCAUUGUGGAGCUAUCUGCUCACCACGAUGAAAAUUUGCAUGACUUACUGCAGGAUGGCAUUCCCCUCUCCACUGGUCUUGGUUUCAUCAACAGUUGCCUCAAUCCAAUCCUCUAUGUUCUGAUUAGCAAAAAAUUCCAGGCCCAGGUCAAGACAACAGUUUCUGAAGUGCUAAAAUUGGCACUGUGGGAGGUGAGUCGCUCGGGAACUGUCAGCGAGCAGCUGUGGAGCUCGGAGAACACUCAUGCGCCUGUGCACUAUUGUGAAACUGCUCAGUGACUGCUCUUGUUGCCAUCCCUCUCCAAAAUAGCUAACUGGAGAUUUGGAGAUGUUCUUGACUUCACAUCUGCCAGUUAGAUGUGCAUCUUCGCAUAUACAGUUUUAUGUAAACAGCUGGCUUAAUUGCACUUGCUGCUUUCCUUGACAAGUUUUUAAAGGACGCAUCACUUGGGUGUGGUGUACUUGCAAUGCGUGCACAGCCAGAACUGAAAGUGGUCAGCAUCAGUAGGAUUCCUCUAACUGUGCUUUUUAUCAGGAAUGUUGCUGUAAUCCUGUUGUUUUGUCGCAGUUCCAUGCCCCAUUGAUAUCAGAAGAACACAUAAUAAAAAUAUUUCACCUUGCCAUCGCUGAGAACACUAUUGAUCUGGGCGUUCUCAUCCAAGAGGUCAUGGGCAUGCAUUAAUGGGUCAUAAGUCUCCUGAUUGUCUAGUAUUGCAUUAAGUAGGCAUCACCUGGCUGCAUCUCAGCUAAGUGAAGCUCCACUCAGCAGCUGGAGAAGAACCCCAGACCGAGAAAAAGGAAUCACCGCCCUCACUUGUCCAAAAAAAUGGAAAUAAAAUCUGUUUUCUCCUAGUGCUCUUCAUCUUGAACUCAAAACUAAGACAGGAAUGUCUGUGUUUUCUGGUCACUUUUGCUUUUAGCACAAUUUGGGUGCAAAAUAUUGAGCAGAGGUUUGAUAUAGGUGUCAGACUUAUUUGAAAUGUGCAAAGAACUAGUGAAAAUGUUUAUUAUGGAAGCUGAGAUUAAAGACUUCCUGCCACACUUGUUCUUUUUCUGUGUUUAAACUUCCAGGUUUACGGCUAUUGGUUUAUCUUUAUUGUUCUGUCAAAUAAAGGUAAAAAAAAAUGUAAUUUUGUUUGCCUUAAUGCCAGUCUUCUAAAAAUGGGCAGAGUGAAUUAAACAAUAUUCUGUUACAAAUCUGUAGGCAGAUUUGGACUUCUUUGCCAAAUGAGAGGCAAGACAGAACAUCCAAGAAAUAGAGUGCACUCCCAGAAGAAAGAUUAAAUAGUCCCAAUUAUGCUGUUUUCUGUUCCAGCAUGCUGCUUGCUGUAGAAUCACAUACACUAAGUGAAGUAGAUCAAUUUCUAAUUCAAUACCCCUUAAUUAAAAAGUUGGAUGUGAGAUAAAACUCCAGUUAAAGUAAAAGCACAAGGCUUUGGAUAAAUCUGAACUGGUUUUUCCCCUGUUAUUGGCCUGGAUGCAUAGACUAAAACUGCCUUUCAGAUAACCUACCUAGUUUCUACGGUCUGCCAACACACAUAAGUAGCCUUUAUACUGUAAAUAAGGCCUUACAUGUAAAUAUAUUUGCUUUUGUAUAAUACAUAUGUGCGUGCAUGCAUAGGCACAUCCAGUAUCGCUAGCUAUAGGGAUACAAACAGUGGGAAUGUGGUCUGUAACUGCUUCUUGGGGCUCUGGUUUCAGCGCGUGGGAGAGUCAGACAAGAUCAGUGGAAUUUCAAUGUAUUUAGCUUUGGGCUGGAAAGUUGGUACGCAGCGCUCUUUCCUUUGAGUCAUUUGCGGCCUGGUACAUAGUGACUCAUAAUAUUUUGGCACUGUGCUGCUGAAUGUGUCUAAAUCAAACAUUUUACAGUUUUUGUUCACAUGUUCCCUGACAUCUUUCUAAGAAUGGUGUAUUAGUACUACUCUCCUGACUGUGCUCCAAAUGAAGUAAUAAAAUGUUGCUGUUUC